AUGGAGUCAAAUGUUCCCAUCCGUGCGCUGCCACAGGAGGUUGCGGGACAGAUUAGGUCCUCAUCAGUUGUGACGAACCUGAAUGGGGUUAUCCUUGAGCUUAUUAAAAAUUCCCUCGAUGCUAGAGCAUCUACGAUCACGGUAAUGGUCGAUUUUCAGAAAGGCACAUGCACAGUGGAAGAUAAUGGCCUUGGGAUACCUCCAGAUGAGUUCCACGAAAACGGUGGCAUAGGGAAGUUACAUCAUACAUCGAAAUUUUAUACCCCAAGUGAGGUCUAUGGACGCAAAGGUGUCUUUAUUUCAUCUUUAAUAUCCAUGGCCUUAGUUACCAUUACCUCACGUAACAAGUCAUUCCAGCAAACAAAUUCAAUCAUAUUCCGCCACUCAAAACUUAUUUCAAGGCUUUGCCCUGCUCCAAUUCAGCAUGAUAUCUUGCAUCCUCAACAUGGCACAAGAGUUACAGUGAACGAUCUUUUCAGUAAUCUCCCAGUCCGAGCCAAGCGUCGUAUACAGGAUCUUCGCAGGAACGAAGACAUUGACCGUGAAUGGGAUGACUUGAAAAAGGCAAUGACCGGGCUUCUGUUGGCAUUUCAAAAACCAGUCCAAGUCUCUGUCGCUGAUGCAUCUAGAUCUCGGAAACUGGUCUUUCGAGGCAAAGCCCGAACCCUUCUCGGUCUUCAGCGGAUAAUAAAGAAUGAAGAUCAAUAUUCCUUUGAUCUAGAGCGUGUUCGGUCAAUUUUGGGUAAUGCAGGAUAUAUAACUCCGUCGGAAUAUUCGUCAUGGGUUACCGCAUCAGCCCGAAGCUCUGAUAUUACAGUAGAUGCUGCGAUAUCCUUAACGCCCAGCCCAACGAAACAAGUGCAAUUUAUUUCAUAUGGAAUAAGCCCUGUUUAUUCACUUGGGGGCGCGGACCUAUUGUUCACCGAAAUUAACCAGUGUUUCGCUUCAUCUAACUUUGGGGUUGAAGAUUCACCUGCUGGUGUCAGCGGUGGAAUCGAAAGGAUGACUUUAGGGGGCACAAAGUUACUCGAUGGCUCUUUCAGCAAAAAGAUCAAGUUUAGAUCCAAGGGUGUCAAUAAAUGGCCGAUGUUCUAUGUACGGAUCGAGACCAACCGAGUCAAUGAUACCUAUAAUCGGGACCGUGAAUUUUCCAACCCCAAGAUAGCUAUUCAGAAAAUUAUUGGGGUUAUCAGGGCACUGUUUCUCCGAUUUUUAGAACAGUACCAUUUCUCCUACCAACAACCGCAACAUAAAAAACGGUGUAGACAGGAGUCUCUAACCGUGUCUGAAAAUAUUCACUAUGAACAAUCCCGGGCGAAGCGUCUGCAUCACGAGAGAUCUUGCUCCCAAAGAGACACUAGUCCCCUUAGAAAAUCCACAAGCCUACCAGCAGAGAUAUGCCCACCGAGUGCCAAGUCACUGCCAUCAAGAAAUUUUGGUACUUGGUCAAGGGUGAAAAGUGGGAAAAGAGAUAUAUAUGAUGAUAUUUGCGCAGGCUUACCUCGAGGCAAAUCUCAACCAGCCAAUGGAAUAGAUACUACCGGUGGCAUACUGCCGUCGCGACCUUCAUCCACGAGCUCUGCACCAGAAAGUAUAGGAGACAACGAUACCAAGAUCGCAUCUGAUAUUUCGGAUACGCAGGAGGCAGCCAGAGUCAAUUCUAUACAUGAACACAACAUGCCUAACUACAUGCAAACGCUGCUAGAUGAAGUGACGACUUGGACGGACCCUCUCACCAAGAGGGCUAUAUAUGUAAACAAACGCACUGGUCAAACUGUACCAAGAAGCUUGAAGUGUAUCAAGCAAAUAUCAGGCCCUUCCCCAGCUCGUCAAACAACUACGGAUACUCAGCGCCAGGCAAGAAGAGAAACCUCACACUGGUUUACCUCAUUUCUUAAAACAUGGGAGAAUCCUACCUUUUCUCUACCAGAACUCCCCAUUCGAUCGACAACAUCCCAGGUAGGGUGUUCUGAAAAAUUUUAUCCCAGUGCUACCAUCAAUACGCACUGCUUGGGGUGCGGGGGUCUCCAAGGUAAUGGUUUAGAGGGGUUAAGGAGUAGGCCUGGCAGCAGGCUUACUAAAUGCAUUCUCAAAAAGGCCAAAGUCAUCGCCCAAGUUGAUCACAAGUUCAUCCUACUUCGGACUUUUUUCCUUCGCAAGGAGCAACAGGACGAGGAAGUCUUAGUCCUGGUUGAUCAACACGCCGCUGAUGAGAGGUGCCGAGUAGAGGAAUUAUUUGCAGGGCUCUGUGGGUUGUCACCAUUACAUGUUGUCGACACUGUUACAUUACCUACUCCUAUAAACUUCAGGAUUUCAACUCAAGAGGCAAAAUUACUCGAGACUCGUUCUGGCUAUUUUGCGGCUUGGGGAUGUUUGUAUGAAGUCCUGAGAGAGGCAGAGGGAAAUUAUUCCCUUGUGUUAAGGAGCUUGCCCACCCUUAUAGCAGAACGAUGUCGAGUGGAACCUCAGCUUGCUAUUGACAUGCUGCGUUCGGAAAUCUGGGAUCAAACAGACAUUUCCAAAGCUUCCGUCAAAUCAGUGCUGUAUAGUGCAAAGGAUACCGACCAGGGGUCUGCCAAAAAAAAGUGUGGAAUGAACGAACCCUGCCACUAUUGGCUGGAGCGCAUCGGCAGCUGUCCAAAAAAGAUGGUUGAUCUUAUAAUCUCUCGCGCUUGUAGAUCAGCUAUCAUGUUCAACGAUGAGCUGUCUAUAGCAGAAUGCCAAAAUCUCGUUUCCCGCCUGGCGAAGUGUGCAUUCCCAUUCCAAUGUGCCCAUGGAAGGCCAUCAAUGGUACCGAUCCUAGGCCUGGGACCUAUUGAACUGAGCCCACCGCUAAAUCCAAUCAACACGAGUCAGCUUGGUGUCCAACCAGCUGAACCUUGCUCGGACUUUGUCACUGCCUUCAACAGGUGGCAGAAUGGCUUCCCCCUGAGUUGA